AUGCUUCCGAAGUCGGUUCGACACAUCCAGCGCCUGGCGCGUGUCCCGAUACAGCGGGUGACGAUUCGGCAGCUCCAGGAACGCAGCAGCCUUGUGACGGAAGGGCAGCACAUCCAGCAUGCCCAGUGGAUCCAAGAGGAGAUGCCCGUGCGCCUGGCGCACAGGCUCUCAGACUUUUUCGACCUGCCCUUCGUGGUGAUCUGCAAUGCGCGAUUCCACGAGGUCUUUCGGCUCUUCCUCCAUGCUUUCGAGACCCUCGUGGAAACACCACCUGUCCAGGACUCCAAGGAUGUGGAGAACUUCGCUAACGUGCUGAGAGAACUUGUUCGAGGCCAUGACCACACCAUUCACAUGCUGCAGGAAGGCUACGGCGAGCUCCAGUCGCUUCUGGACGGACUUAUAGAGUUGGACGACUUUCUGAACCAGACGAUCUUCACACGCAUUGGAAAUCGCGUUCUGGCGGAGCACUUCCUCGUUGUACAUGAGGCCAGAAGCUCCAGCCCAGCUCAAGAGUCUUCUGGCGUGGUUGACCCGAACGUUUGUCCUGCAGAGAUCGUCCGCGACUUGGCGACGAGCCUGGCCGGGCUUUGCGACGAGCUCUUCGGAGAACAUGUCCAGUUGGACUUGGACGGCGAGCUUGGUACCACCCUGGCCUUCGUACCAGAGCAUCUCCACUUCGUCCUCCAGGAGAUUCUGAAGAACGCCAUGCGCGCAACGCUGGAGCGACACGUGGCCGGCAAGCAGCUGGCUCCUGUUACCGUCACCGUGUUGAAAGGGACCUUCGACGUGACCCUGAAGAUUUCAGAUCGCGGUGGAGGAAUGCCCCGAGAGCAACUGGGAAGCGUUUGGCGCUACGGCUACACCAGCACAAAGCAACGGUCGCCGCUGAAGCCCAGGGACGACUUUGACAACCUUUGUGGCCGUGAUCCAGCCUCCAUGCGACGCCUCGCAGGCUAUGGCUUCGGCCUCCCUUUGUCUCGUGUCUAUGCCAGGUACUUCGGCGGAGACAUCCACAUCCAGUCUAUGGAGGGGCUAGGAACGGAUGUCUACGUGAGCAUCAACCAUUUGGGCGACGUGUUGGAGUGGCUUUGCCUUGCAUAA